CAUAUAUAAAUAAAAAUGUAUCAAAAUGCAUAAAACCCCCCCAUACAUACAUAUACAAAUGUGACAAAUGCCAAUAGGGAUCCAUACCACCAUCAUCGCUGGUGCAUGCGCCUGCUUUCAACUUUCAACCCAAGGCACAAAGAUUCUCGCACCAAAACACAGACACAAGCAUACAAAACAAAAAUACAAAAACAAAUUCAACAAAAAAAACACAAAAACUCUCCGACUUUGACUCGAUUCUCAAAAAGCCCAACUUCCAAUACCCUCCUCCAAUGCUAUAGCCGAACGAGAUAUUUCCUAAAAAUAUACUAAAAACCCUCGUAAAAAACACAAAAUUCCACCACACAAAAAUUCCGUAUACAAAAAUGUAUCUCCCUUAUGGCUAUAGUCCUUUGCAUACCACCCCUCCCCCCCUACACCCUUAACAACAUCCUCGUGCCGUCAUAUCCAUCCAGUGAUUUAAUAUUUUUGUCUCGCUCUCAAUUGUUUUGCAAUAACAAAAAUAAAUAAAAACAGCCAGCUGAAACAGCACGAUAAAGGACCAAAUAGCUCUAAAUGAUACCAAAUACGAGUCCUUGCAAAAAACUGAACACUGCACAUCCCCCCCAUUGCACCGUCUCUCUAAUCGUUCCACCACCGUGCCACGUCGCGCCGCGCCGUAUAGACCGAACACAUAACAAAAAAUUGAUUGUAUAUGGUUUGUAGUUAGGGUAUAAAAAUAGGGAAGGAAUAAAAAAAGCCUCGUCAUACAGCAAAAAAGGACUCCCCAUCAUCAAAUACACAAAGCAAAAACAAAAAAAGAAGAACGAAGCAAAAAACACACAAAUCGAACUCGAACCCCAACACACAGACACACAUACAGCAGCCGCCCUGCCACCCCUCAACACCGCACAGCACAAUCGACAUCCCUAACAACAGCCCCCCACAGAAAACAGUCCAAUUCGGGAUUGACUGGAGUGUGGAGUGUGGCUCCGUAUACCAAAUACCGAAUACCGAAUACCGUAUAGCAAACAAACAAUAAAUUUUCUUCCUUUUCAACAACCAAAAAGGAUCUCUCAGUGCUGUGUUUCGUUGCGAGUGUACAGCCAAAGCCAACGCCAAAGCUAAAGCCAAAGCCAUAGCCAGCCACCUUCUACCUUCUUUUUGUGGAACACACAUCUCGCUCUCUAUAAAAAUAUACACGCUACAUAUACAUUUUUUCCUUUGCUGUGCUUAAAAGAAAAAGGGGAGGCGAAAAAAAAUCACCGUAUCCUUUUUUCCCGAGAAACAACUACGACGAGCGACGACGACGAGUAGAAAUAUAAAAACGCCACCGCAACACUCUCCAAAAUUCAGGACGAAAGGACGAAAAAAUUUAUUGGGACAAAGAAAAAAAAAAAACCAGAAACUCCUACACCUCGACUCGAACUCGACUACUCUCUUUGCCGGUUCUUUGAAAUCCUUUAUUUUUCGUUUUCGACCACGGCCAACAACAUUCGGGGAGAUCUUUUUUCAUCCUUCGUCCUUUCUACUCUACUCCACCUCACUUUGACGUCUUCCGCUGCUUUUUGCCCAUAUUUACACGCCCGCCGCGAGUGGUACGAAAAUAAAAGAAGAAAAUAGUUCAAAAAAAUUAACCAAAAAAAGAAAAACCCAUAACACACAGAGAUACCUACAGUCGUCGUCGUGUUGUUGGGUUUCGUCCUGGAUGAAUUUUUGUUUUGUUUUUUUUUUUAUUUAUUUUUUCAAGGAUUGUGUGCUCUACGAACGUAUUAUUCUGUCUUCGGGUUUUCGGGAAAGUGUCGCACGACGGCGAAAGUUUUUUUUUUCAUCUCUGGUUUCGAAAGUGGGUGGUGGACGAGGACGACCCACCAUUUUAUUAGUACAAAGGACAUCAGCUGUAAAUGGGAGUUGAAUAAGGAUAAACGGCUAUACGUGGAGUGGAAGUGGAGUACGAGAAGCACCAGAAGCAUCACCAUCAACAUCACGAGGAAUAAACAAAACGACGACGUGAAAUUCCUUUGAACAUUUUUGGUGAUUUUCCUUGUGGCACCUUUUAAUUAUUGUUCUUCACUAUGAACUUCACACCAUUUGGGGGUCCUUUUCCCGGAACCAUACCUGGAAUACCACAAUUCACAUCAACAUCAGCGCCACUGGUUACAACUGUAACCACAAAUCAAGAUACAUCCAGUAAUCGUUAUCACAAUUCAACAGCAGCUGUCAAUAUGACACAUUUCAAUCAACCCCUCCAAACGACAACAAGUACAAUUCCUACGGCUAAGUUCCGCACAGAAGAUGCCACAAAUGCAGACAAGUACAACAAUGGUCAUCUGGUGACAACAGGAUUGACGCAACAACAAUAUACAACAGCAAAUCCCUAUAACCAACAGACGGACGGUGAUAAGCGCCUAGCUGUACCAACCAUCUCCUAUGCUCAGAAUGCCCUAACUUCGACGACUGUUUCUGGAGUGACAGGUGGACAUAUCCAACAGGCGCCACAGGAACUAACACAAGAUCUUUGUAAUGCAAUACUGCAACAGCAAAGUGUGGACACAAAGCGAGGAGUGUUGCAGAAUACAACGUGGCAGAGUCUGACUCCUGGAACAACAGUGGCGGACUAUUUAUCACAUCUGCCUGCGAGUACCCUUCCACUGUCCCUUCAUCAUUUUUUAAAAUACUCAGCCGAAACAAUUAAGAAAGAAAAUCAAAAUGUAGUACAAACAGCACCACCAAUUGGACUAAGCACAAUAACCAUACCUCAGCACCAAGCUACAGCAAACCAGCUUGUGCCGCAUCAGCAGCAGGGACAACAACAGCAGCAACAGCAACAACAACAACUUACAACGCAACAGCAUCCUCAGCAAGUCACCUCAGUUAAUGCAUCGACUUCAACGGCAACAACAACGGGGACAACUACCAAGAAGAAAAAACGUAAGAAACACCCCAAGGAACGAAAACCCAAAUUGCGUCCAGGUGAAAUCCGUCUAACUACAGCCCUCGAUGGCAGUACGCUCUAUAUGUGUCCCGAGUGUCAAGUAGCCUAUCCGGAACAGGAUCUCCUGGAACUGCAUCUCGUGGGACAUAAUCUUGAGAGACGUUAUAUCUGCGAUAUUUGUAAUGCCGCUCUAAAGCGGAAAGAUCAUCUAACGCGUCACAAACAGUCGCAUAAUCCUGAAAGACCUUUCAUUUGUACGGUUUGUUUGAAAGCCUUCAAGAGAAAGGAACAGCUGAGUCUGCAUUUUGUCAUCCACUCGGGAGAGAAACGUCACAUAUGCAUCGAAUGCGGCAAGGGUUUCUAUCGCAAGGAUCACCUGCGGAAACACACUAGGUCGCACAUAGCACGGCGCGUUAAGGCUGAGUUGAGUAUGCAAAAUCAAAAUGGCGGAACUAGUAUGUUGCAACCAAAUGUAACAAUACAGCAACAAGCACAAGCCGCAAUGCAGCAACAUCAACAGCAGCAACAACAACAACAGCAGCAACAACAACAGCAACAACAGCAGCAGCAGCAACAACAACAACAACAACAGCAACAAGCCCAGCAACAAACCAAUCAACAGCAAGUUGUGCAACAACAACAGCAACAUCAAAUGCAUCAGCAACAACAAAUGCAGCAGCAUCUCGGCCAAACACAACCAAAUGUUGCACAGCAACAUCAACAGCAACCACAACAAAAUCAAAUGAUGAACUGAGGGUGCGAGAGGCAAAGCGGUCUUCAACCUGAUGCCACCCUUGCCUCUAUAAUCGAUGUAAGUAGAAUCCUUAAUGCCUCCAGGAAUUUUGUUGAUUAGUACAUAAUAGAAUAAGAGAUACAAAAAAUACAAAUUUUAGCCUAAUUUUAUAAAGAAACAAACAACGUCUCUGCAUCUUAAUAUAAAUUGUUCAAAGUUUUGUUAAUUUUUAAUGAUUUUCGAUGACAUAUGACAAAAUAUCCUAAGUCCUUCAGCACUUCACAAUAUAAAUUGCUUUAUAUUAAGCACCUUCUGUCAGUUCUGAUUGAUUUGACAGUUGAUCUAUCAAUGUGACAUUAGCAUAACUAAAAGUGUCUGGUUCAAUUUAAAUAAAACUUCAAAAAAAUGUUUACUCAAAAUAUUCCAAUGUGAACGACACCUUAAAAAAUCGUAUCUUUAUGUGAGCUACUUCCUUUUCCUAAUCAGAAUUAUUUUAAUAUUAACUAAAACGAGCUACUAAUUGAGAGCAGUUUAAUAACAAGUCAUGAAAGAAACUUUUCUAACAGCUAUUGCAACAAAAAUAGUGAAGUUGGCACGCAUUGUUACUUGUAGCUCAUUUAGCCCAUUUCGACUUUUGGUUAGAAAUCAUCUCUACUGCCUGUCUUCCGUCACUGUAAAAGUCAAAGUCAUGCCCAGUCUCACUCCUUACUUAAAAUUUAGUCCAUUAAAGUUUCGCUGCCGCAUAAUCACUCUUCAGAUUCAAAAUUGUAUAUUUUAUAGAACAAGAAAGGCCAUGUUUAUAAAUUAACCUUAUUUCCGUAAUUCUCUUAUUAUUAAAAAUUCCUUUAAAACUGUUAUUUUAUUUAAUAUGUGAUAAAAUACCUAAGAAAAAAAACAGAACAACAAAAUAAAACAGAUUUUUAAUAUGUAAAGCAAUUGUUUAUAUAUAAUUUAUUAAUUAAAUUGUGUAGAAUAAUUUUUAUUUUUUUAUAAAUAUUUUCAAAUAAAAUAUACUUUAUGCAAUUAAAAAAUGCACGAAAAUAAAAACUAAACAAAAAUAAAAUUUAUGUUCAAACACUCAUAUAACAAAUAAAGUAAAUUCAAAUGCAUAUACACAAAACAUAUAUUUUUAUAUUUAAAUAAACAAAACAACAACAAAUUGUAUAAGUUCCACAUUAAUAAUAAGCAUUAGUCAUAAAUAAGCAAUUUAUUGAUGUAUUCAUAAACUAUGUAAAUUUAUAUAUAACAAACAAAAAAUGAAUGUUUACCUAUAGGAAUAAUGUAUUUUUACAACGCUAAAAAUUAAAACAAAACAAAACAAAAACUAUUAAAUAUUACUAUAGAAAAAAAUAUUAAAAAUAUUAUAAUACUUAAGGACAAAGUAUAACAAAUCAAGAAAAAACUUAACAAAUUACACGUAGAAAUGGUUUAAAAUAAUAUAAAUUGAAAAUACAAAAAUGUAAAACAAAUGGUGUGUAAUUGUAAAGAAAACAAAAAUAGAUUUCGUGGCAAGGAAAGAAGUCGACAAAAUAAAUAUUUUUUAAAUUAAAUUUUAAA